AAAAAAAAAGGCUAUAUAUUUUGCUAUUAUUGAUGGCCAAAGAACCAAAAUUUGCAGUUUGUUGGCCAAAAUUGUUACAAAGGCAUCAGAGAGGUUGGCUGGCCCAGUGCCGUCACAUGCGCUCUCUGCCUAUCCAUGAAGAGCCAAAGGUCCCCUCCAUUGUCAUCAUGAUCUCCCGACCCCACAAAAAAUAAAAUAUCAAAAUAAAAAUAAAAAUGAAAAACUACGUCAACUAUUAAUAAAAAUUUAUAUAUAUGUGCAUAUAUAUAUAUAUAUAUAUAGGUUGGACCAAGCUUGUUUUUCAACCAUCAAUUGUGCAUACUGAACAAUUUUUUAGCAAUUCACAAAGUAAAACAUGGCAAUCUCCUCUUCAUUGCCUGUUGUUGUUCAUCCUCCAGUUAGGUCCAUUAGUCUGCCCACUAGGGAACACCCAUCUUCUAUUCAAGUAGAAGCAUUGCUAAACCACCUUAAAUCCUGCCAAUUUUCGUUGGUUUCGACCCCGGUUCGUUUCGCGGCCGAGACUAUUCAAACCGGUCUAGUAGGCUUAGCGGAUUUGUAUACCUGUCUGGAGGAAUUCAUCACCCAACAAGCCCUUCUUCCAAACGGACAUGGAAACGUAGUGCUGGUAGAAGAAGCUCUUGACGGGUCAAUCACGUUGCUGGACACUUGCAACAUAGCAAGGGAAAUAUUGCUGACCAUGAACGAACAUGUUCAAAGACUUCAAUCGGCUUUACGUAGAAAGGGCAGAGAUUCAAGCAUUGAAACCAGUAUUCAUGCUUAUAUUUCUUAUAGAAAGAAUGCCAAGAAGGAGAUUAUCAAAUGCCUUGCUGCUUUAAAGCGAAUGGAUCGAAGCAAUAUCAAUUCCUCUUCUCCUCUCUUGGAUCUUGAUCACCAACCAUCAAUGGUGGCUAAGAUUCUAAGAGAAACAAGCACUAUUACCAUCUCCAUCUUUAGAGCUCUGCUGGAAUUCCUGUCCGUUCCAGCAACAAAGACAAAAGCUGGAGGGUGGUCUAUGAUCUCGAAGUUGAUGCCAAUUAGAUCUUCAUCUUCGUCUGAGAAAGAGAAGAAGAUUGGAAAUUUAGUUGGGGGUCUUGAUUUUGCUCUGUAUUCUCUUGUGGGAAAUUUACAGAGCACUGAUACUAGAGCUGAAGUUGAAAUGGCACAGAGGAUGUUGGAGACAUUUAGUUUGACAAGUGAAGGUAUUGUUGGUGGAUUAGACUGUAUGUUUAGGUGUCUAGUCCAACAUAGAGUGUCUUUACUAAACAUCCUUACUCAAUGAUAAUGUUCAAAAGCCCCUUUUUUAUUUUUAUUUUAUUUUUUAUAUAUAUGUUGGAAAUUGGUCAUUGGCAUCCGCAUUUUAGAGGAUAUGCUUUUGUUCCUUAAUCCUACUUUUUGUAUCAUGGAAUUAAAUAUAAUAGUGAAUUGCUUUCAA